AUGGUUAUUUUAUCACCCCAUUAUAAUAACGAUGACACUUUGGGAAAUUCUGACAUAGAUGAUAUGGAGUGGAAUCCAGAAAAACAACAUUUGUUAGAGAAUUAUAUCACCAAUUAUAGUCGACAACUAAAUGACACCGGACUAUUUUACAAGAACUUAGAUUGGAAUUAUAUAUUCAAUUUAGUUGGUGUUGAUGACCAAGAGUUUUUAAUGUUGAAGAUAGACGAAAUAUAUGAUGAAUCAAUAAAUGUGUAUUUCAAGGAUGAAUUUAAUAUAAACCAACUCGUGGACCACUGGAAGUCAAAAAGAAACCCCAUUUAUCAAGAAGUUGUACAGAUUGUGGAAUCAUUAGGCUUAGAUUCGUUUAAAUUAGAAGUUCCAGAAGAAUCAAGUUCCAAUAAAACCACAACUGAAACCACGACGAAGGCAGAACCAAUUGUUACAACACCAACAACAGCUAAAAGAGUAUCAUCCACACCUGUACCAAAAUUAACCAAGACAGAGAGGAGACUAUCACUCGAUUUAAUGCAUCCAAGACCCUCAUUUGGACUAAACCAAGAAUCACAAUUGGUAAAACCUCCGAUAGCAAGCACUACCAAUAUUCAUGUACAUGCCCAACAAGAAACAGCAUCACACUUCAACCCGUCAGUAAGACAGCCUUCAAAGAAAAAAUUCACAUUUCAUAAAUCAAAGUUUACAAUAUCAACAAAUAGACAGCAGCAACAGCAACAACAAACUAACACUGCACCUCGACAACGGAGAACAUCAACUGUGGAUGAACAACUACCAUUAUAUAUAAGAAACCAAUUGACCAAGAAUCGACCGCAACAAACAAUCACCCCUAAACCAUCGAAACACCACUUUAUUCAAAAUGCGUCACCAGCCAAUUCAUCACCUCGAGGAAGUUAUAAGAGAUCCUCUCGUAUACAAAAUCUAUUGACCAAUUCACAGUCAUUAUAUGUACAUUCGAAAGACCCAGCAAAUAGUGCCGAAACAAGUACACCCACAAGCAAUGAUACAGAUUUACAAUUGCGAUAUUAUUCAGAUGAACUUGAUGACGAGGAUAAUAGAGAAUAUAUACUGCCUGAUCUGUUGACACGUUAUUUCGGAGUUCAUGAAGAUCACGAAAUAGAAGAAGAUACAGAUGAAGACGCAGAUGAUGAUUCCGAAGAAGAAGAGGAAGAAGAGGAAAAUGAUUUUGUUAAUGUUGGUGAUGAUCACGAUGAUUAUUUAUUUAAAAUAUAA